AGUCACGUGCUCUGCUUUAUUUUCUUCUUCUUUAAAACUCAGCCUCCUAUUUUUGUUCCCACAAAACUGCCCUUCUCCUCAUCUCUCUCUCUUUCUCUCUCUACAUAUACAUACAUAUAAAUUCCCACACACACCUACACACACUCUCUCUUCCUUCGCCCCGCCUCUUCGAAACACAGCUGCAACUCUCUGUUUCUCGCUCAUCAUCGAAUCAGUUGUGAAGUCUUGGAUGUGAUUAUUCGUUAUCUGGGGCUUAAUCACGGGUAAAUUCGAGUACUCAUCUAAAAGAGGGUUUUAUUGUUUAAGAAUAAAAGAUUUGGAGGUCAAGGUCUCAUGAGAAUUGUCAGGGGAAUGCAGAAAUUGAUUCGUGCUGAACAGAGCUUAGUGGGCUGGAAGAACAAAUCACUUACCCGUGGAAUUGGUGUGACUGCUCCCAAGGCCAGAACACGUGACAAACUGAAACCUUUAGCUGUUUAUCUCUAAGUUGGGUAAAAUUAAGGGAAUAAAAGUGUCUCCUUGGGUUCUCGGAGAAGAGGGUAAGUAUGACUCGGAUUUUAGUGCAGCGAGGUUCUUCUGGUUCAUCAUCGUCAUCUAACCAAAACAGAUCAGCAACAUCAUCGACAUCAGCGCCUAGUCCGUCGUCUUCUUCAGCUUCUCCGCAGCCACAAGCUACUGGCACCGCACAAGUUAUUCCAACAGUAAAGGAUGAAAAUUUGGUAGAAGUGCAAGAGCAGAAUGUACUGGAUGAGUUGUCAGAUCAUUGUGCUGCUUCAGACAACAAAAGUGAGGAUCUUUCUCAGGGAAGUUUGAACAGCGACCGGCAAGGUGAAAAAUUGGUAGAGGAUGAGAUAGUGCACAAUGAUGAUAGUGUCAGUUCUGGAAAUUUGGUUAAGGGGUUUGCAGGGUUGUCAGUGGUGAAGGAGGAAACUGAUGCAAUGGUUGAAAGUUCAUUCCAGAAGGUCCCUGGCAGUUCAUAUCCACCACCACCUCCUGUACCACCUCCAAAGCCUUCUUCAGUGAACUCCAUAUCUAGGAGAUCUCCAUCUGCAGACCCAAAUGCAAUGCGAAUAGGGCCAUCUAGGAGACCUGCUGCUGUCUUGCCUGGUGUAUCGAGCAGGUCAUCGCCAACUGGAUCUCGCCCAUCUUCACCUCGUUCUCAUUGCGAAGGCGAAGGAUAUAACAGUGCUGAUGAGCAGAGUCCAAACUAUAGUCCAUGCUAUGAUGAUGCAGAAAGAGAACACCAGUUUGAGAUUGAUUUAAGGCGAGUGAAAGGCUUGGAAGUGAGAAAAAUGCUAGAGGAUGGGAACUGCCUUUUUCGUGCUGUUGCAGAUCAAGUAUAUGGUGAUUCAGAAUUAUAUGAUUUGGUUAGGCAGAUGUGCAUUGACUAUAUGGAGCGGGAAAGAGAUCAUUUCUCACAGUUCAUAACAGAAGGUUUUACUUCCUAUUGCAAGAGGAAGAGAAGAGAUAAGGUCUAUGGAAAUAAUGUUGAGAUUCAGGCUUUAUCAGAAAUGUACAACCGGCCUAUACACAUAUAUUCUUACAGCACAGAACCUAUAAAUAUAUUCCACGGAACUUACAAUACCGACACGCCUCCAAUACGGCUAAGCUACCACCACGGAAAUCACUACAACUCUCUUGUUGAUCCACGUAGGCUGACCAUUGGUGCUGGGCUUGGAUUUAGCUCCCUUCAAGGGACGGACAUUGAUAAGGGUAAGGUAAAAGCAGCAAUAAAAGCUCAACAGGAUCAACAAAUCGAUAAUGCACUUCUUGCUGAGGGGCGCUUCUACUCCGAUCUUGAGCUGACCGAGAAGGAAAUAGAACGCAUGGUGAUGGAAGCUUCAAGGGCAGAGUAUCUAGCCGAUGACAAGUUCAAGCAACAAGUCGGUCCAAGGGAGUCCUCGACUUCUAGAGCUGAGCCCUCAUCUUCUGCAGCAAGAUCAUCAGGAAGCGACGCCAGGCAGGAAGAAGGGCGCGAUCAGGGGUCGGCCGGCUCAGUUCUGAGUGGCAGCAUGCAGGUGCUGCUGUCUAUGGGGUUUAGCUACCUGCAGGUGAUCGAGGCAUAUAGCAUUUUUGGUGACGAUGUCGAUUCCAUGAUCUGUUACCUAAUAGAAAUGAGCAGCAGCGGCAGAAAUAAAGGCAAAGCAACGGAGAAAUAAGAAUCAGCAGAGCCUUAGUCAAGACUCUUUCAUUCUCAUUUACCAGCUUGUAGAAUUUUGAACUCUCUCCAUUUUAUGUUACUUUUAUAUGAGAAAUACUCGACUACAAAAUUGGUAUCUGUUUUCUUGCA